AUGGGAGGCAACGCCUUCGCCAUCCCUGGCGCACGCCUCUCCAUCGCCGAGUACGAGGCCCUCCGCGUCCACCUCCUCUCGCGCCUCGACGCCUUCGAUCCCAUUGACGCGGCACCAUACCUCGGCUCCAAGGCGAGCCAUGGCGACAUCGACGUCUUGGUCGGAUGGGACAAGGCGGCGUGGGAGAGCGGCAAGGGCCACGGCAUGGGCAGGGUGAACAAGCCCAGCACGAACGAGACCUCGCUUCGCUCAGCCCUCGCUGCCGCGGGGGUUGAGGACGUCUCCCUCGCCACCCAGCGGGAAAUGAUCGCGGUCUGGUCCGACACGGUUGCCGCUCAGAUUGGUGGCACGCACUGGUCUCGCUCUGGGGGACAGGUGAGCGUCGCGGUUCCCCUCAAGGUUGUUCACGAAGCUGUGGAGCUGUACGCGCCCGGGAAGUCCCUGUCCGCCGCGGACAAGCUCUUCCGUGCGCCGAAGGAUAUGCAGUUCGAGGAGUUUGCACCCAGCUCCAGCUCCAACGGGGCCCAGACUACCGUUACCGCGGUCGCCUCUAAAUCAGGCCGCAAUCGCCUCUCGGACAACCACCCCUUCUCCGACCUCCAACCCAACACCUUCGUCCAGGUUGACCUCAUCUUCCUCCCUCCCGCCGGCGUAUCCUUCCAACGCUUCGCACACGCCUACGGCGUGACCAUCCUCCUCCUCUCCCAACUUAUCCGGCGUGCGAGUUCUUGCCGCGAUUUCGUGCUCCAAGGCCACCGGGCAGUUUUACAUUGGGUACCGUACCCCGGAUGUCCCAAGGCCGAAGUACACUUAACGCACGAGCCGAGCGCAUUGUGCGAGUACUUGGGCCUGAGCUAUGAGAAGUGGGGGAACCUCACGCCGGGUACGACUGAGGACUUGUUCGCGUGGUUCGCGGACUGUGAGGAGGACUGUCGCGCUGCCAAGGGACUGAGUGAGAUGGCCAAGUAUGGGCUUGUUGGCGGGACAUACAGACGGCAAGGAGGGAGUAGUCGUCUGUCUGCCCUCGAUGAGUUUGGAGACUGGUUGCGCCGGCAGGGGUGGGUGCCUGAGAAGAAGGAGGCGAAGGUUGAGAAGAGCCAGAAGGAGAUCGAGGCUGAGCCGGCCAAGGACGAGAAGAAGCAGGACCCGCUGUCAAGAGUUCAUCCGGACUCGCCGCGCCCGCUGCCGAGUCAUCAUGCCGAACUCGUUCGCUACUGGGGCAAGGAGGCCGAAUAUACUGCGGCUGUCGAGGCGAUUCGACCCUUCGCCGAGCAGCACUGGGCCGGUGUUGAAAAACGCAAGGCUAGGACGGAACGAAAGGCUGCCGAGGCUGACGCGAACGGCACGCUCGAAACCAGCGAUAAGGUCGGCACCAAGGAGCUCGUCCCCGGCUGCGCCAAUAUCUGCAUUGCAUCGUAG